GUGGCAGGCUUUCUUCCGGGCUCCUGUUCCCGGCCUGUUGUCUUUACCUCUUUCUGUGUUUUUACACAGUGAUGGUGGUAUUGAUUUGAUGGGCGCCCAGAGCUGUUAUUGGAGAGAUUGUAUGCCAGAGUUCUUUCGUUCUAUAGAGCCUUCCCAGUAUUUGGCCAGACUUUAAAAGUUUUGCCAAUUUAAUAUGUGUAAAAUAGUAUCUAGCUAUAAUUUGUAUCUUUAUUUCUGUGAUUAGUAGCGAAGAUGGAACUAUCUUUACGAAUACGCAUACACCUGCACUAAAAGUAUUUAAAAUGCACAUAGUAGUGAUCAAUGUCAGGUCUCUCUAGUGAUUACUUCUGGUGAGCAGCUCUGCUGGGAGAGGGGCGUGUACCGGGGGAAGUACGUGGUGGGGCUUAGUCUGGGUGGCGGGGUUCUCGAAUGAGGAUUCGUCUUUACACGUUUCUUAACGACUUAAAAACUGUGUCGGCAGUGUCAAAAAUUACCUCAUCGUUGGAGUCAGGAAGUUUAGUAAUAAAGGUAAAUAGGUCUGAAUAAAGAACAGCAGCGAUGUUCUGUAGUAAAAAUCCUGAUUGCCAUUUGAAGACUGUGAGGCCCCAGAACUUUGACAGAAUAAUCUGCGUUGAGAAGCGUACGCUUUACGGACUUAUGGCUUGCAUUAAGUGAACUUGAAGAUGACUUACUUGGAGAAGAUUUGCUGUCUGGCAAAAAGUUCUCAGGGUGUCACAAUUAGUCUAAACACCACAUCUGGCAUGGUCACGUCAUUUGAACUGUCUGACAACACUAAUGACCAGUCCGGAGAACAGGAGUCUGAGUAUGAACAAGGAGAGGACGAACUUGUUUAUCACAAAUCCGGGGGAUCUGAACUGUAUGCUCACGAGUACCCGGAGGAAGGACGCUACGAAGGCCACGGCGCUGAGCUGACGGAAGGCCACAUGGAAUAUGUGGAGGAGCCGGAGGAGGGGCAGCUGUACAGUGACGAAGUGUUAGACAUCGAGAUCAAUGAGCCCUUAGAUGAAUUCACAGGAGGUAUGGAGACUUUGGAACUACAGAAGGACGUAAAAGAAGAAUCCGAUGAGGAAGAUGAUGAUGAUGAAGAAUCUGGACGAUUGCGGUUCAAAACUGAAAGGAAAGAAGGAACAAUUAUUAGGCUCUCAGAUGUAACUAGAGAGAGAAGGAACAUUCCAGAAACUUUGGAGCUUUCAGCCGAAGCCAAAGCCGCGUUGCUUGAGUUCGAAGAGAGAGAGCGACAGCAUAAGCAGGGACGCUAUGGCUCGAGGCGGGGAGGAAGGAGAGGAAGCUCUUUAGUGUGUCGUGGAAUGGGAGACCAGAGGAGAGAGAGCAGUGAGCGUGCAAGAAUAAAAGAUCACAGACCUGCCCUGCUUCCGACGCAGCCUCCUGGCGUGACGCACUCUCCAAGAUUGAUCCCCCCUGCGCAGCCUCAGCCGCCACCGCCGCCACCACCGCCGCCCCAGCAGCAGCCCAUCAGGAGCCUGUUCCAGCAGCAGCCGCUGCAGCCCCUGCUGCCCCUGCAGCACCCGCAGCACGCCCCGUCUCCCCAGGGGGCGCACGUGCUGCCCCAGAUGGAGGCCCCGCGCCUGAUGAUCACCCCUCCUCCGGUGACCCCGCAGCAGCCCAAGAACAUCCACAUAAACCCCCACUUCAAGGGGGCGGUGGUGACGCCCGUGCAAGUGCCCUUGCUGCCAGUUCCCAGCCAGCCGAGACCUGCUGUGGGGCCGCAGAGAUUCCCUGGCCCUCCGGAGUUCCCGCAGCACACGCCCGGGCCGGUCCCCAGCACCUUCAGCCAGCCCCCGCGGCUUCCCCUGCAGGACCAGUGGAGAGCCCCGCCGCCGCCGCAGGAGCGGGACCCUUUCUUCUUGGGAGUUUCAGGCGAACCGAGGUUCCCGAGUCAUCUCUUCCUGGAGCAGCGCAGCCCCCCGCCGCCGCCGCCGCCCCCCACGCUCCUCAGCGGCGCGCACCCCGUGCCCGCCCCCAGCCCCCUGCCGUUCACCCAGCCCGGGCCAGCGUUCAGCCAGCAGGGCCAGCAGCCCGUGUUCCCCAGGGAGAGGCCCGUGAGGCCAGCGCUGCAGCCGCCGGGGCCGCUGGGGAUCCUGCACUUCAGCCAGCCCGGCUCGGCGGCCACGCGGCCCUUCAUCCCGCCGCGGCAGCCCUUCCUGCCCGGCCCGGGCCAGCCCUUCCUGCCCGCGCACGCGCAGCCCAGCCUGCAGGGGCCCCUUCACCCUCCGCUGCCCCCUCCGCACCAGCCGCAGCCGCAGCCGCAGCCGCAGCCCCCGCUCCAGCCGCAGCACCAGCCUCCGCUGCAGCCGCCCCCGCAGCACCAGCCGCCCCCGCAGCCGCCACACCAGCCCCCGCACCAGCCGCAGCCGCACCAGCACCACCACCACCUGUCCGUCCCUCCGCCGCCGCUGAUGCCCGUCUCGCAGCCGCAGUUCCGGCCUCACAUCCAGACGGCCCAGCCGCAGCCAGGCGGUGCUCGGAUGCAGUGUCCCCAGCGCCAGGGGCUCAGGCAUAACACAACUUCUCAGAACGUAACCAAGCGGCCAAUGCAGCAAAUGCAGCCCACCGCUCCCAGGAACAGUAACCUGCGCGAGCUACCGAUAGCGCCGUCGCACGUCUUGGAUAUGGGCAGCAGUCGCUGCUCCACGGCCUCGGCUCAAGUGAAACCUGUCAUCAGCACGUCGCCACCCUCGAGGCCGGGGGCGGGGUCCAGGGCCGCACAGGGGAAGACCGAAGCCAAGGUCAAGCCGCUCAGCCCUGUGGUUCAACCCAAAGAAGAAGCAAAAACAGAACCAGAGUUUCCCGAUGAAGAUGAGGAGACGCGCCUCUACCGCCUGAAGAUCGAGGAGCAGAAGCGCCUGCGAGAAGAGAUCCUGAAGCAGAAGGAGCUGCGGCGGCAGCAGCAGGCGGGCGCCAGGAAGAAGGAGCUGCUGGAGAGGCUGGCCCAGCAGCAGCUGCACCUGCCCGCAGCCUCGGCCGAGCCGGACGAGCAGGCGGCCUCACCGGCCCCCGCCAACGGGAACCCGCUCCUGCCCUUCCCGGGCGCGCAGCCUAGACCGAAUGUGAAAAACAGACUCCUUGUGAAAAGCCAGGACGGCCCCGUUUCGAACGUUCAGCCCAAAAUGUCCACCUUUGCGCCGGCCGGCGCUCCGGGGCAGUACCAAGGACAGCAGACGAAACCGCCCAAGCACCCGAGGCAGGCCAGGGCCGUCCCUCAGAGUCCGGGCCCGCACAGGGUCCCGCAGGGGAAGCCCGCGGACGCGGAGGGGCCGCCACCCCCCUCGCAGAGUGCUCGAGCCGCCCUCCAGGGCCGGCCCCCGGACGCCAAGCCCGGCGCCAAGAGGACGGUCAUGCACCGGGCCGGCAGCGGCGGCGGAGACGGGCCGCACGUCAGCUCCAAGGUCAGGGUGAUUAAGUUGUCAGGCGGGCAGGGAGGAGAGAGCGACGGCUUUUUUCACCCCGAGGGCCAGCCCCAGCGGCUCCCGCAGCCCCCAGAAGCCAGACAGCCGCCCGCCCGCAAGGUGACGCUGACCAAGGGGGUCCCCCAGCAGCCCCAGCACCCACCGGUGGGGGCCCACGUGCACCCGGCCGGCCCUCCGGGCAUCAAGAGCAUCCAGGGAGUCCAUCCUGCCAAGAAGGUUGUCAUGCACGGGAGAGGCCGAGGAGUGGCGGGGGCUGUGGGCCGGGGCCGCCUGAUGCCAAACAAGCAGAACCUCCGGGUGGUGGAGUGUAAGCCACAGCCCUGCGUCGUGUCUGUUGAAGGGCUCUCUUCGUCCACCACUGACGCCCAGCUGAAGAACCUACUGAUGUCAGUCGGACCCAUCCAGAGUUUACAGAUGCUUCCCCAGCAACGGAAAGCCAUAGCUAAGUUCAAGGAACCGGCUCAUGCGUUAGCAUUUCAGCAGAAAUUCCACAGGCACAUGAUAGAUUUGUCCCACAUAAACGUGGCCCUGAUUGUUGAGUGAUCUCUAGCAGGAGCCGCCGACCCGACACGGAACACUCGCUGUGGGAUUUCUUCAGGGAAGCCGCGGCGCGCACCCCCACGAGCACGGCCUCUCCGCGCACAGUCUUGCGUAACUGUUGUCCGGAGAGCGGCCGGCCCGGCGUGGACUCCAGCAGAGCCGGACUUGGGGACGUGGCGGCCUGGGCUCCAGUGUUACACGCUCCCCGUUCUGUUGUCACCACAGAGAACUACACUUUCCGGUUUCUUUUGUUUUCAAAGUGCUUACGAUGCAUGUAGCCCUUGUUCUUCGUGAUCGUGCUGUGUGACCGAUCACAGUGACUUAGGUUCAGGAAGGGACGUUAGCGCCACAAAUUCUGAGUAGUUUCCACAGCAAAGAACACUUGAUAAUGGUUGCACCCAUCUUCAGUGCAGGCUAGACAAGGGUCUUCCCAGCCGAGCGGAACCGCGCUGUCCUCUCAGAAAGCCCUCACGAGGCUCUUGGAAGCACGUAGACUAAAAUUUGGGUGAUGGUGACGGGCAGCCGCGUGUCCUGGAAAGCAGGACAUGAGGGCGGUUGGGAGUGAUGCCCAUUGUGUGGCGGAUUCUGCUUCUUGUAAAUACUCCAGAAGCACCAGCUGCGUGUUCCUGGUCGCGGAGGGGACCCCCCACCCCUCUGUCCACUCUUCCCCAGUAAGGCAGCAGUCCUGGCAGGCCCCGCCGUGUCUCCCUGGGCCUAGAGAGGGCGCCUGUGGCGCCGUCACCUCGCAGCCCUUCCGGAGCCCCGCCAGGUGGGUCGUGUUGCACAUCUACCCCGUGAGGCAGAGGCAGGGGGACUCGGCCCGGCCCCGUGUGGUUUGUUCCUCUUUGUAAAUGUGGCCCGAAGCAGCAUAUUCGUGUCCCUGGCUCUGUGACAUACGACAUUCUUCGGGACUUGGUUAUCAUUGCUCUGAUUAACUUUUUUUUUUUUUUUUUUUUUUUUUUUUUUUUUUUUUUUUAAGGCCUUUUGAGUAGGGCUGUGCUGCCCUUGAGCAGUAUGUGCUGGCGAGUUGCCCCUCGUGGGGUGUGGUGUGAGGGAUGGCUGUCCUCCCCAGACCGUGCAGCCCAAAGUGAAAUUGAAAUGUGUUCAUGUGGCCCCGAACCUGCUUGAGGAGUUCUGGGUAGGCUCGUUUAGGUGAGACUCUUCCUUCCCGUAAAGCAACGUUUAGUACAGUUCAUUCCGGUCAAGUCUUUAAAAAAGUGCCUUAUUGUAUUUCUGCUCAAGAACGAGUUUCACCGUUUGGGGUUUAUACUAACGUGGACCUGAACUGUUUGAGCAAGUAACAGAUACUAAGGCAUACUCAGACUUUUUAGCUGUGUUUUAUACCUGAGAUUUCACGGCAGGUUUAGUCAUAGAAUUAGAGGGAAUAGGAGCCUGCCGCCUCCAGAUGCCACCGGUCAGCCCCGCGGGGACCAGCUCGAAGCCCCGGAGCCCCCGCCGCCAGGCACCCUCCCUCCUCUGAGCCUUCGCGUGGGGGCUGGGACCCAGGCCGCGUGAGCCUGUGUCGUGUUUGCACAGGUGAAAUUUUAUAUUUUUUGCAACUUCAGUUGCCCGAACUGGAGGGGAGUGUUCAGACCCCGUGAGGCUUUCUGUGGCGAGGGUUCUAAGUGGCAUCCCGCGAUAGGAGGAGGCCUGGAGGAUGAAGGUGGGUGUUGGCGGCUGCUUUUCAGAAGGUGUAGGUGCCAGGAAGCGAACGGGCACUCCCGGGGUGCACCCCCCAGCUGAGGCGCCUGGCCGCCUUGUUCCAGAAAGCCCCUGACUCAGCUGCGCCAGGCCUGCCGUGGUGCUCCAGGGGAGGGUCCGCACAGUCCGUGCCCUGUCCCUACCCUCGGUCGACACGCACGUCCUGUCCGCUGUUGUCACAGGGAGAGACGGAUGUGUUCGUGUGUUUAAAAGCGUAGUUUAUUGGGCUCAGUCCACAGAGAGCUGCGUUGAAGCAACGAGCUUGACAGCCUGCUAGUUACGACACAUCCAGACCCCUUUGCCGGUGCCGGGCAGUGGGAAGGCUUUCAGUUGACGGACUUGCUUUUUAAAAUCCCCAAGAACCAACUGAUGCAAUAAAAUGAGCUUAAAAAUUUUUUACCAUUUUCUGAAAUAGUCUGAGUGUGCCGUAUCGUCUCUGGAAAAUAGGCACAUAACAAAGAGCUUUUUCCCUAGUUAGUGAUGAGAAGUCAUCGGUCCUGCGUGGGCACCGCUGUUCAAGACCUGGUGGUGACAUUAAGGUCUGCUUUUGGCCUUGUCCGAGGACGAUUCGGGCGCCAUGGGACAUGUGUGUCUGUUAACUGUCUACACACAUGAGCCUUCUCUUGAUGUGGUGUUCUUGAAAGCCUUUGGCCGCGGGGAGCUGGGCCUUCGUAAAGCCCUGGUUAGAAUGGCCCCGUGCGCCCGGCCGUUGGCAGUGGCCGCAGUUAGUGCCGGCCGGCCCGGAGCAGAGGCUUGGUUUCCUUCAAGGGAGCUGCGGAAGGGAAAGAAGCAGAAUUAGAAAGUAACGUUAUUUCCAUUCUCGGUGCGCUUUUCGCAGUGAAAUCAGAGCACCGUAAGCCGAACCCUUUUGGAAGAUCUGUUGCAACCAUUAUCUUUGUUCUUUAUCUAUCAUGCAUUUAAAAUGACAUGCAGAAGCAUUUAACGUACUAUGUAAAUAUGGACCUUUUAAAAUUAAAAUGUUAAUUGGAAACGCUUUCAAUUCAGCAACAGUCUUAGCUAUUUGUUAGUUCUUUUGUGUUGUCUUUCCAAAGUUAAAUGGAUACCGUUCCAUAAUUGUUGAUGUGUCUGUGUGUAUAUCCGAUUUUUAUAAAGAUGGUAGUUAAGUCA